AGCGUAGCCUCUUCAGCACAGUUAAUAUUCAUACGUCGGUUAGAAAUACUUCACAGUACUGAUCAUCAUGACAAUUACACCUUCAACUUUAUCUAAAAGCGAUGUCCUGUCCAAGGUCGAAGCUGGAGAAUCGUUCAACGUGCGACUGAGAUUCGCCAAUACUCACGACUAUUUGUACGCAGUGGAAUGCGAUUACACGGAGGAUGAAAGGCGACGUCGCGUCCUUACUUUCCCGCUCGAUGUCGAAUUACAGAAGAACACGGCGCUGGAUUGGCUGCUGGAACCUGUUCAACAACCCGGACAACAGGAGAACGAAACUGCAGUUAUCCGCCUGAGCAGUGUCAAAUAUCCAGGGGAAUACCUGCUCGCCGGAACGGACGAUUUGACGCUGGACAUGAAUCGACGCAAAGUCUACACCUGGAAAGAGAAAGGUACGGAUUUCAGCCAGUGGGGUGGUCCGGAUCAGUGGAUUCUGCUCGAUAGCGCGACUCGUGCAGCCGACGAUCGAUCCAAGUCCAAUUACUUGGCACUGCGCAACAAGAAAUUCGACGAGGAUCUCUACGCUAGCAGCGAUCGAUUUGAACUCGACCACAAGUUUGGCACAGUGUACACCUGGCGACAGGACAGCGAGAUUCGGGACUCGGCUAGCGGGACUGAAACGCAGACGAACGCAUGGGAAAUUCUUGUCAUCAGUCAGAAAGAUCAAACGACUUGAAUCCUAUUUGUUUUUUUCCCCCUACUUAUCGAUUUCAUUUUUAUCGGUUGUCAUUACUCGUUUUUUGUAGUGUAAUCAUUCAACGACACUACACUACACGAAUAGAUGAUUAUACACCGUUUAAUUUCUCUCA